GCGUGUUUCGGUCGGUCGCGCGCGUGGUUGAUUUACCUCCUUCUUUGCAAAAUUCGAUCUAUUCGGUUCGCGAGUCAGCUCGAUCUUGAUGUCAGUCUAAUUUACUCGCUUUUCGCGGUGUGACUCUCGCUGUGACUGGUGCUUCUCGGUCAGGAAAGCUCGUGCUUUCUCGUGUGCUCCGUGUUGGUGGUGAUUCCCAGAGUGCCCUGCGUCAAUUUGUCCCAUCUGGUGCAAUAAACAGGUGACCCUUCCGGCGCUGUUCCGUGUCCCUGAAGACUGUUAGUCAUUUUCUUGUUCAAUUGCGUUUGUUCUUUCGCGUGACCUUUUCGUCGUGUGUGUGAACGAACAGUGGAAAAUUCGAUUUAUCGCUGUGUUUUAUAAUCACCGAAAAAAGGUGUUGAGUUAGUGCCAUAUCCGGUGGUAAUCAGAUAUACACCCAAUUGAAACAAGUUCGAUAAAGUCGGUAAGCAAAAUGUCUCAGGUGACGAUGAAUGGCGAGAACGAUCAUGCCAACCACGCUACGGUGAAUAAUCACAAGGAGAUGCACCAGCGCUGUCUGAAUCCGUACCGUUCCAAGGUGACGGUAGUCCUCGGUGCCCAAUGGGGAGACGAAGGCAAGGGCAAGGUGGUGGACAUGCUGGCCACCGAAGCGGACGUUGUCUGCCGCUGCCAGGGAGGAAAUAACGCUGGACACACCGUCGUGGUCAACGGAAAGGAUUUUGAUUUCCACCUGCUACCCAGUGGAAUCAUCAACGAACGGUGCACAUCAAUUAUCGGAAAUGGCGUCGUAAUUCAUCUCCCAGGCCUGUUCGAAGAGUUGGCCAAGAACGAAGCUAAAGGUCUCACAAACUGGCAAAGCCGGCUGGUCAUUUCGAACCGCGCUCAUUUGGUGUUUGAUUUGCACCAGAAUGUCGAUGGUCUACAGGAAGCCGAAAAGGGCGGUAAAUCACUUGGAACCACCAAGAAGGGCAUCGGUCCAUGCUACUCCAGCAAAGCCACCCGAAAUGGUAUCCGUGUGUCGGAUCUUUUGGGAGAUUUCAAGGUGUUCAGCGAAAAGUUCGAAUCUCUAGUCAACAUGUAUCAGAAACUUUUCCCGAACUUUGAGGUCGACGUUGCCACCGAACUAGACAGAUACCGCGACUAUGCCGAACGGUUACGACCGAUGGUGCGCGAUACCGUUUCGCUGCUGCACGCCUCACUCAAGGAGGGCAAAAGCGUCCUGGUGGAGGGUGCCAAUGCCGCUAUGCUGGACAUUGACUUUGGUACCUAUCCCUACGUUACUAGCAGCAAUUGCAGUAUCGGUGGAGUACUUACAGGAUUGGGGCUGCCCCCGCAAACCAUCGGAGAAGUGAUUGGUGUGGUGAAAGCAUACACUACCCGUGUCGGUGAUGGACCGUUCCCCACCGAAUUGCAUGAUGAAACUGGAACACUACUGCAGAAGCGUGGUGGUGAAAUUGGUGUCACCACAAAGCGAGUGCGCCGGUGUGGCUGGUUGGAUUUGGCACUACUCCGGUAUACUGGUAUGGUGAAUGGCUACACCUCGAUUUGCCUAACCAAGUUGGACAUUCUGGAUACGCUAGAGGAGAUUAAGGUGGCUGUGAGUUACAAUCUGCAUGGCGAGAAAAUCAACUACUUCCCGGGCUCGAUCACCGAUCUGGCCCAGGUGGAAGUCAAUUACAUUACCAUGCCGGGCUGGCUCAAAUCGACGGAGAACCUACGUGACUUCAACGAACUCCCGCCGCAGGCACAGGAUUACAUCCGGAUGAUAGAGAACGAUCUGGGCGUGCCGGUCAAGUGGAUCGGCGUCGGCAAGGGUCGUGAGUCGAUUAUCAAUGUUAAGGACUAAUAUUGCCCCAGUGGUCCGGUCGUUGAGGCCUCUUCGAUGUAAGUCCCCGUUGUGUGUUUGUAUGUGUGUGUGAUAAAAUUGAAGAAAGAUAUCCUAAACCGCUACUUAUAUAUGGGAGCAUAGCAAUAGGUUUUGUUUUAAGACUUGUUUUUAAUAUGCAGAAGAAAUAGAAAACACCAAAACCAAUACCGAUGUCCAACAUUCGAAAGCAUACAAUGUUUCAGAUCUAUGUACCGUGUGGUGACCGUUCAAAUCUCAUUUAUGACCAGCAUAAUCUUGUACAAUUAGUUUCUAUAGGAAUGUGGCACAUACUUUUAGAUUAUGUUAAAGGUUAUUAUUGUGAGCAUAUGAAGAAUGACUGCUCAUUACGUAACGUAGAUACUGAAUCUAUCUGUUUCAGCCAUGUAAGAUUAGAUUUUGAUUUCACAUUCGACUUCUGAUCAUUAUGUUUAUGUUUUCGAAUAAGCGGUUAAUGUUGCCCUAGUUCGAGUUUGGGUCUAUAAUCACCUCCAACAUGAAGGAGAAUCGUAUGUACUUAUUUUUCUACAAUAAUCCACUGAUUAAAUAGGCAAUAGUUUCCUGUAGGCAGCGUUGGAAAAGAUCGCGAUAUUUCACAAAGUUCACCAAGGGAAAAGUUCACGAGUCAUAGUGAGUUUUGGUGAACUUUUCCAACACUGACUGUAGGUCGAGCAGAGAAUGGAAACAACACGGUAUGUGUACGGUAGACGCUUAGAUUUGCCUACGGCUUCAAGCACACAUUAAUCAAGUUCGAAGUCAAGUUUCGAAAUUGCAUACGUACACAGCUGCUCAUAAAUUGUAAACAGUUUCGAAACAUUGACCUGCUAAAAUAACGAUGAAGAUGCCUGAGCUAAACACCUUAGUUUGGAAGUUGAAAAUACUUAACUAACUAUUAUGAAACGUUAUUAGUUUUAGUCCAGUUGACCGCACAAAUGGGUUGUAAACCUAUUGCGAAAACUCAUCAGCUAUCCUGAGAAGUAAAACACACAGUUAACUAUUGAAACAGAUUAUAGAUAGGAUGUACACGAGAAUUAAUUAAACCAAAUCUUGAAGUUUGAUAAAUGUGAAACAGUGAUUAAUCGCUCCCAAAUUGCGAUUCAAGGCGCAAUUUUAUCAGAUAUAAUAACAAGCCCACAUGGCAACACACCAUCAGCAUGCAAGAACGCUGCGCACGAUGUACUUUAUAUUGAUGUUGAGUUCAUCAAUAUUUUUUUUCAGUUUUCCUUAAAUGUUUGUUUUUUAACCGGUAGACACCCGUUAUGAAUCGUAUAACAUGUUUUUACUUUUCAUUCGUUCUGAUAUGGUAAUGUAAAUGUUAAACUUAUGUUAAGAAUUUGUAAUAUAGUGAUUGUACUAUUUUA